AUGAACGACGAACAAUUAAUUGAGUUGGUGAAAAAAUAUUCUGUUUUGUAUGACAUGAGAUUACCUCAAUACAAGGACCAUACUGUGAGAAAUAAUGCAUGGGAAGAAAUCGCCGAACAAAUGAAUACAAACGUUGAAGAAGUAAAAAAUAAGUGGAGCAAAUUAAGAAACUGCUUCACCAAUGCCUUAAAAAGACGCCACAAGAAAAGUGGACAAGCAGCAGCUAAAGCAGUUCCUUGGAAAUUUGAAAAGCAAAUGGAGUUUCUGCUCCCAUAUGUUGAAGGAAGAUCUACAUUUACAAAUUUAAGUAAAUCAAAUGAUGGCGAUUCGACACAAGAUUUCGAAUAUCAAUUUUCUGAAGAAUCUGCAGUUUCACCUCCACCUACCAUACGUUCUCCCACUCCAGGGACCUCCUCUUUAAGGCCAUCUAUUGCAAAUACUCAAAAUUCUAGUGCAAGUUUUACCACGAGACGUAUAGACAAAAAUGAUAAUGACAAUAAUGUAUUAAAAGAAAUGGUUAAUGUACUGAAAAAAACACAGGAAAUGAGGCAGAAGAGAGCAGUAUCAGAUAUGGACGAGAAUGACUUAUUCUUUUUAUCAAUGAGUAAGCAACUAAAAAAGUUACCUAAAACGGACCAAGCUGAUAUUAAAUUUCAAUUACACAAGCUUAUACACGAAUCGGAAAUGAAAAUGUUAAAUAGCCGUGAACAAAUUUUGAAUACUCCAAUAAAUAUCACUGGUUACAAAAUUAUUCCUAAAAAAAAUAAGAUUCUAAAAGUUAUGAAAUCAGAAAAAGAGAAUACAGAAGUAGAUGUUGAUGCUGAACAGUCGCAGAAUGAAAACUACAGUUUAAAAGCAUUUUAUGACAAUUUUGUAUAA